AUGGGAGAAGACGACGAUUUUUAUUUGCGGUACUACACCGGACACAAGGGGAAGUUCGGACAUGAAUUUUUAGAAUUCGAGUUUCUGGGGGAGGGCAGAAUGCGAUACGCGAACAAUUCCAACUACAAGAAUGACACAAUGAUUAGGAAAGAAGCAUACGUCAGCCAGGCGGUCAUUAAGGAGCUCAGACGCAUCAUAGAAGAGGCUGAAAUACUGAGGGAGGACGAUAACAAUUGGCCAGCACCAGACCGCGUAGGCCGUCAGGAGCUGGAGAUUAUUUUAGGAAAAGACCAUAUUUCCUUCACCACUUCGAAGAUAGGAUCAAUGGCGGACGUGCAACGUUGCAAGGAUCAGGAUGGAUUAAGGGUUUUCUACUAUCUGGUGCAGGAUCUUAAGUGCUUUGUUUACUCGCUUAUCGCGUUACACUUCAGGUACUGCAAACAAGUAGAAACGAGCGCGUGCAUUGCUAUUCAAGCGCGCGUCGCUCACUACCUGUCGACACGCAUGGACUGUCUGCCUGCGACUGCUGGUGGCAGUCAGUUCGUCCAAUCGAAUCUACCAAGGAGAGGUGCCGUGCUUAUGCCACGAUUUAGGCACGACCGCAAACCGAGCGAUUCAAAGGGGUCGAAAGCUAGAAGUUUGCGCAAGUGUCAUAUCCGGCUUCUCCAGAGAGCUGCACUACGAAAUUGCAAUUGA